AUGGCAGACCAAACUGCAGAAACCGACGAGGACUGGUCCCUCGUCGUCGAGCGCCGCCCGCGCGCGAACUCGAACGCCUCGAACGCGUCCGCGGCGUCCGACGACGGCGCGCGGACGAAGGCGGCGCUGCGCAACGAGCGACGGCGGCGGCGCCGCGCGGCGGCCGCGGCCGCCGCGGCCGAAACGCCGCAAGCCACCACCGAAACGCCGCCGGCGGACGUCGAGGCCGCGGCGAAGGCGCAGCUCCGCGGCGUCGAGAAGCGCCUGAAGAGCAUCCGCGGCCUGGCCGCCAAAGAGACGCUCGACGACGCGGAACGCAAGAAAUUAGCACGGCGCGACGACUUGGAAGCCGCGCGAGCGGCCCUUAGCGCGGUCCUCGCCGGCUUCGCGGCGAAGCGCCGAGCCGCCGACGCCGUCAUGGGUCAAUUGGAUGACGUGCAGUUCGACGACUCGUAUGAAUGCGCCUGCUGCCGCGAGGUCCUGGAGCUGCCGGUCAAGCUGCCGUGCGGCCACGAAUAUUGUCGAGAGUGCGUGGCGCUCGUGGCCUCGCGCGCGACGCGGCCGUCCGACGUCGUCUGCCCGCUUUGCCGAGCUCCUUUCUACGACGGCGCGAAGUGCCGCGUCGCCGUCGCCGAGAAGACGCGCCGGAAGCUGAAACGCGCUACAGGACGGUGCCACUGCGGCGCGACGCUGCCGCUGGCGGGCCUCCGCGACCACCUCCGGUCCUGCGGCGCGGCGGCCGUCUACUUCGCGCCGCGUUCAAAAUUGGGCCAUGAGCUCUGCCCGGCGCCGGUCUUUUACUCCGAGAAGACGCCGCUCUCGUCGUCGCCGGCCGCGUCCUCGCCCCUCGAGGACGCGCUGCUGCGGCGCUUCCGCCACGUCGCGCCCGAGCGACCGCCGCCGCCGCCCGAGCCGGUCCCGGAGUCGACGCCCGAGCCGCGGCGGCGGCGGCAGCGCUGGCGGCGGCUGGAAGCGACUCCGGAGCCGGAGGUGGACGCCAUCCCGAGUACCCCCGAGGCGCCGCGGCCGGCGUGGGGCGCCGCGCCCGCGGCGGCGCCCGCGACCGAUCUCCGCUCGCUGCUGGCGGCCGCCGAAACGCCGCCGCCGCGCGCGCCGAAGCGGGGGCCGCGCGCCGCGGCGGCGUCGCCGCCGGUGUCGCUCGCGGCCUUCUUGCGCGGGCCUCCCAAAACGCCGGCUCCUGCGCCCGCCGCCGAGGCGCCGUGGCUUCGAAAGUCCGCCGCGCCGCGCGAGAGGCCGUCGCCCGCGAGCGUCGCCGACAUCAUCAAGGAGGAGCGCGCGGCGAAGGGCACGUGGGCGGGCGUGGCGCGAUGA